AUGACUGUUCCUCCUCCCAAAGAUCUUUCCGAACUCGCCCCAAGUGGCACCCUUUCAAACGUUGAAUUUUCGGUUGAGGGAGAUGUUAAAACCGCAAAAAUCAAGAACCCAAUCAAGGAUGAGAGAUCUCUGAAACCCACAGUCGACGAUUUGACUGUUUCUGAGCCCGUGACUGUCGAUAAGAUUGCCGAGAAGCUCGAGAUAUACGGUGGUGCUAUCGUGAAGAAUCAUCUAUCUGAAGAGAUCGUUGAUAAAAUGUGGGAUGAUAUCUCCCCGCAUUUCAAGAAAAGAACCUGGAACGGUGACUUCUUUCCACAAGAAACCUUGAGAGUCACUGCUACUGUUUGCAAGUCUAAAACUGUUGCUGAAGAUUUCAUGUGCAACCCAUUGUUCAUGGAGCUUUGUGCACGCUUUAUUGGAAAGAAGAAUACCUUCGUCAUUGGAGAUGAGCUUACUACAGCUUACUCCGAACCACAGCACUGUUCUUCAACUUUGUUGAGUAUUGGUCCAGGUGCCAAAGAUCAGCCUUAUCACCGCGAUGACAUUAUCCACCACAAUAUCUGUCAAUACCGUGAGAAGUACGAGUACGGCCAUGAAACUGCCAUUGCCUGCGCUAUAGCACACAACAAAGCCACUAAGGCUAAUGGUGCGACUCGCUUUGUUCCAGGUUCUCACCUGUGGGACCACCAGCGUGUCCCAAAGCCUGAGGAAGCUGUUUACGCUGAAAUCGAGAAGGGCGAUGCUUUCUUCAUGCUGGCUUCUUGCUUCCAUGGAGGCAGCGCAAACACCACGAAAGACGAAUGGCGUAACAUGAGCUUCAUGUUCAUGACUCAAGGUUUGUUGAGACAGGAAAUCAAUAUCUUUCUCGAGACUCCUCUUGAGUACUUCCAGUCGCUAUCAGUUCAGGCUCUCAAGAGCAUUGGGGUUGCUGUCAGCCAACCGUUCUGUGGAUGGUACAGGGAUCUGGAAGAUCCUCUCAAGGUUAUGAAACCAGAGUCAAGUAACGGCAGUGACGAUAUUGAAAACGCAUUCAAAUUAGUUGUCUGA